UUUGAACCUUCUCAAACGGGAGAAAGUUAUAAACGUGCAACAUCUCUUUUGGUCGCGCUCGUUAUCCGAGAAGUAAAACGGUUUUGUGUUGAAUUUGAGCAUUUUGUAUAAGUAUGAGUUCUGUUGCAGUGAAGGAGAAUCAGGGAGUGUGUGCUGUACGGAAGAACAGCAGUUCUGAAGACCCUUGUGACAUUUUUUCUUUGGAGCAGCCGACUGGCAGGCCCUCCAUCUUGCGGCAGUCACAGGCUGACAACAUUAGCAAGACUGUAAAUAGAGGAGCAAAGGUUUGUUUUCAGACUCCACGGCGAGACCCAGUCACAAAGAGGAUUAUGUCCCCGAGCCGCACCAGCAGGAUCACCAGCCAGAAAAACAACACUAAUGCUCUGGAGACUCACACAUCAUCUUUUACUGACCAGGCUGUGAAUAGCACUUCAACCACCCCAAUCAACAUGCAGAGUAACAAAGAUUCCUACACUGAUGAAGACAUGCCUCUUCAGAGCAAAGGGGCCUACACACUUGACCUUGACAACCUAGAUGCCAUCAAUCCUUUCCAGGAGUCCUAUAAAAUGGCGAAUUCCCCUCCUAAAUCUCUUUUGGCACAUUCCCCUCCUAAAUCUCUAUUGGCAAAUUCCCCUCCUAAAUCUUCAGUUUCACAUGUGACUUAUGAGCUUCUAGAGUUGGAUAAAACUGCAGCCCCUGUUUCUGCACCUGAGGAUGAUGAGAAGGUUCCAGAGGUGACUAAGACUGCACUUGAUGAGACCCUUCCCUUUUCCCCAUCAGUGGAGAAUGCACUUGCAGAAUGUUCUGUUAACAUAUCUUCAGCAGAGGCCACUGUAAUCAUCAAGACUGAGAACAUUGAGAAGAUUGCUACAGACACUGAGGAGUCUGAUAUCAUGGAACCAUUGCAAGUAUAUCCGCAGAUUCGUGUUAUGGACAACCAUCCUGAGGCCCAGGACUUGCCACUACCCCGUGCGGGAUCAUACAACUUGGACUUUGACAACCUUGAUUUGCUCGACCCAUUCCAAACUGGUGGCUCAAAGAUCCCCAACUCUCCUCUGCUUUGCAAGACAUUAGCAAUUCUCAAUCCACCCUUGUCAAGCCAAGAAGUUAAGCUGGAACCAGAGAUGUUAGUCCAGGCCCCUCCAACAUCCCCCGAUGUCCCCGCUCCCUCUCAGGAGAGUUCCACCGGCGCUCCCUCUCAGGAGAGUUCCACCGGCGCUCCCUCUCAGGAGAGUUCCACCGGCGCUCCCUCUCAGGAGAGUUCCAUAGUCACUGGGGGCUCCUCAUCUGCAUCGCCCCCAAAAGAGAACCAGAUGCUUCUGGAGUUUAAUUUUGAUGAUGGUGCUGAAGUAAUGCGCAAACCUCCACCAAAACGGCUUGGGGUUAAAAGACCUACAGGUGCCAAAAAGGUUCCCAAAAAAACAAAUGCAGCAGUCACAGAGAAGGAACCAGAACCCAAGCAGGUGUCCCCUAAUAACCUAGAGCAGACAGAACCUUUGGACAUUCCUGCUGCUAAAGGAUCUUACCCCUUUGAUUUUGACAAGUUUGAUGACCCAGACUUUAACCCUUUUGGCACAAAGGCUAAGAUGGGUAACUCCCCACCAUGUGACAUCCAGACCAGCCCAGUUUUGACACAGACUGCAAUUCCAGUACAGCAGCCUGAGGCCCCUGCACAGGAUGAACAGCUUGAGUGCCGGUCUCCCCAGGCUGCUUCUGAAAAUGUAAAAAUAGCAGAAACUGAGCGUUCUGUUACUGUGCAGCAAGCAGAAGAUGUGGUGUCAUUCACUGCCUCCCACACUAACUUGCAUCAUAGUCCAGCCCCUCAGGAGCCGGAGGUCACCGUGACCCCAGAACCCAGGCCAGACCUUCAGAAUCAGACUUGUGACUUUGGUAUACCAAGUGAAGAUGAGUUUGUGCAUGGUGCAUUGUUCAUGCCGGGAGGAGAUUUUGAUGGGCAGAUCGAUUACUUGGAGCAAUUUGGAUCAAGCACUUUCAAGGAGUCAGCCUUGCGGAAGCAAUCACUGUAUUUGAAGUUUGACCCACUGCUGAAAGACAGUCCAAAGAAAACUGCAAUGGAGAGCGGGAACUCUGGAUUCAGCAUGCCAAGACCCUCCCUUGCCAUCAGAAUGAUGGAGGCUGCAAAGUCAGAGGGAAAGCAGAAGUCUCAGUGUGACAGUAUGAAGCUGCUUUACGAUCUGCAUCCACCAACAGUGGACAAUGUGGUGCCAGAUCCAACUGUUCUGGACUUGCUUGUUCCCACCUUUAAACAGCCGUUGAAGACCGAGGACUCCAUCAUAGAGGUUCUGAAAUACAGUCAGAGAGACAUGGAUGCUGCACUUCAGAAAGCAGACAGACAGGCAGAGGAGAGGCAACAAGAGCUGAAGGCUCAGAUUGAAGCAGUGCAACUGGAAAAUCAGCACAUGUUGUUUAUAGUGUCAGAGUUUGAGGCCACCAUCACUCAGCUCACAGAUGAGCAUAAACAGAAGGAAGAUUUGGCUAAAAUUGAGUUGGAACGAGUCCUUCAGGAAAAAGAUCAGCUGGCCAAAGACUUAAAUGAUUUGGAACAAUCUUUUUCCUCUAUUGUGAAACGCCUUGACAGAUGCAAGGAAGUUAUCGAGGGAUUCAAAAAGAAUGAGGAGACUCUAAAACAGUAUGCCCAGAACUGCAUGGACAGGCUGCAGAAAGAAGAAAAGCGUUAUCAAGCUCUUAAAGCCCAUGCGGAGGAGAAACUAGAUCAAGCGAAUAAGGUGAUAGCAGAGGUGCGCACUAAGCAGGGCGCAGAGGUGGCAACUCUUCAAAUACAACUCAAGAGAGAACAGCUGAAAGUUCAGUCCCUGGAGAAGGAUCUGGAACAAAAGGCUAAAGAAGUCAAAGAUGUGACAGAACUGUGUGAUGAGCUACUGCAUAAAGUGCAGAAGCAUGGCUUUUAAUGUGUUUGCCUUUAUCUUUGUUGUUUGUUAUGUUUUUGUGUUCGUUAUAAGCAGUUUUAAUAAAUAAUAAAUGGAGUCUGGAA